UUGGAACUCCAGCCCUGGGACUCAGGUAAACGAAGUCUCUGAACCUUCGUUGUUACAGCCCAGCUGCAAGUCUGACCCAGAGGAGACAGGAUUCUAUCCAAGGAGUCUGGGAUGCAAAUUUAUGCAGAUGACAGCAAUUAGUCUACUGUAUAUUUGUAUCUGUUUGCUUGAAACAGCGGCUCUGCCAACCUGUCAGUCCAGCCAUGCAAGAGAGAGAGACAGAGAAAAAAGAAAGGAGGGAGUGAAGCAGAGAUUCUUUCAAACCUCAGCAGGCACUAAGGUUUCCAAUGAACAAAGAAAACAAAUAACCUCAAGUGUGUCCUGUCAGUUGAUGCCACAAGGUGGAGAUGAGGAAGACGACGGACCAGAGCGGUUCCUACAGACCCGUGAGCAUCCAGGGAAAUAAGGUCAGUUAUCGAGGCACUUGUCAAGAAAGGCCUGAAAAGGGGGUGAAAAGGCUGCAGAAACGGUUCCUCCACAAGGAUGGCAGCUGCAAUGUCUACUUCAAGCACAUCUUCGGGGAGUGGGAGAGCUACGUGGUGGACAUCUUCACCACGCUGGUGGACAUCAAGUGGCGCCACAUGUUCGUGAUAUUCUCCCUGUCCUACGUGCUCUCGUGGCUGUUCUUCGGGCUGGUGUUCUGGCUCAUAGCCAUCCAGCACGGGGACCUGUUCAGCGACGAGGGGACGACCCCCUGUGUCGCAAACGUCCACAGCUUCACGGGGGCGUUCCUGUUCUCCCUGGAGACGCAGACGACCAUUGGGUACGGGUCCCGCUGCGUCACCGAGGAGUGCUCGGCCGCCAUCCUCAUGGUGAUCCUGCAGUCGGUGCUGAGCUGCAUCAUCAACACCUUCAUCAUCGGGGCGGCCCUGGCCAAGAUGGCCACGGCUCGGAAGAGGGCUCAGACCAUCCGUUUCAGCUACUACGCCGUGGUCGGCCUGAGGGACGACAAGUUUUGCCUCAUGUGGCGCAUCGGCGACUUCCGGCCCAACCACAUGGUGGAGGGGUCUGUGAGGGCUCAGCUACUGCGCUACAAGGAGGACAAGGAGGGCAGGAUGACCAUGGAGUACAGGGACUUGAAGCUGCUGAAUGACCAGAUCAUCCUUGUCACCCCGGUGACGGUCGUCCAUGAAAUCAACAGUGAGAGCCCCUUGUACGGCCUGGACAGGAAGGCCCUGGCCAAGGACAACUUUGAGAUCUUGGUCACGUUCGUCUACACGGGCGACUCCACGGGAACCUCACACCAGUCCCGGAGCUCGUACAUGCCCGGAGAGAUCCUCUGGGGCCACAGGUUUAACGAUGUCCUGCACGUGAAGAAGAAAUACUACAAGGUGGAUUGCUUGCAGUUUGAGGAGACCACCGAGGUUUAUGCCCCUCACUGCAGUGCCAUGCAGCUGAAUCUGAAGGAGCAGGAGUGGAACCGAGCCGAGAAGACACGGGAAAAAGAAGCAGAGUCAUCAGCACUGGAGAUCAAGACAUUUAGCACCACCCAAAAGUCAUUCAGUGCUGUUGCCCUGGUCACCAGCUGUGAAGACCCAGAAGACCCAGUGACAGCUGUGACACCUUCUGAAGAGGUUUCUUACCAAAAAGCAGCCGUGACCCUGAGCAGGCUCUCCAUAGAGUCCCAAAUCUAGCUCUGACUGCAAUUAAAGUCACUCCCAACAGAUCCUCCCAUGGUAGCUCUCAGAAUGCAAACAAUGAACUCAUGUGCACAAGUAUUAAUGUCACAAACCUCGCUGACAGCGUGCCCACAGUGCUGAGCUGCAAGGAGGAGCUUCUCACUGGUCUGGGGGGUAUCAGUGACAAAACAACUCCCAGUUGGGUUUUUAGGGAGCUGCUGCACUUGAGCAAACUCACUGUAAACUUCACUACCCUGCAGGGUUGGACUUACCCAGAGACAGAUAAUGAUCUUGGCAGGGAGCAAAAACAAUGCACUGUGCCCUCGAGGUCAGAUUUUUCAAAGCUGCCUAAUUUGUUUGGAAAGCCAGUCCCCAGUCUCUCUAGGAGGCUCUGAAACUCCACCAUCCCAACAAACCAUUCCUCUCCAGCAGUUCAGAGGAAACCCUCAUCCCAGGGUUCUGCUGGGGAAUCUAUGGGGCUGUUCUUCACAGGAGGGAGUGAACUGGGAAGAAUAACUGACCCCAGUGUUACUGGGUGGCUUUGGAAACCCUGCCUAGUCCUGUGGGAUCCACAGUGGGAUCCUGGAGAGCUUUUCCACGAGCCAUUCCCAGAAGUGCUGAUCCCUCAGCAUCUUGAGGCUUGUGGGAUAUCAGCUGGCUUGGGGCUGUGGGGAGGCUCUGGGACGUGGCUCUGGUGGCUCAGAGGGUUGGCCAAGCUGCCUCACGUGCACUGGUCAGAAAUCAAAAGAAAACCUCCAGCCUGGAACCAGCAAAAUCACGUUGAGCCUCAAGGAGAAGAUCGUGUGUUUAGAGUGAGCUGUGCAAUAUUUGAUACCAAAGCGUCUUUCAUUUCAUUUCGCUUUUCUUUUUAGUAUAUUGUGCUUCUUGGAAAAGGCAAAAAUCAAUCUGGAGAGCAAACAGGGUGAUUUUGUCAAAAUGAGAUAUGUUUAUCUCCAAUUGCUGUGUAAAAAUGAUCCUUCACAGAGAAAUUCAACACACUCCUCUGUCAGCUCAAUUUGGGAAAAAAGGAGAGCUGAUGCUCUGAAGUUGACUGUGACGUGGAAGUUCCCUGCUCUGUAACUAUUUAAUAGGCAAUAUCUCAUGGUGCUUUCUCCACCUGAUGAUUACAGUUAUUUUGCAUUGUGUUUAACUUUCAUACUAAUGUAAAAUAAUUAUUUUACCACCGCUGAGUUGGUGGGGUUUAUCUCACCCGACCUCAGCUGCAAAGAAAUCCAGUGUUUGCCUGCUGGUAGAGGCUUCCUGUGGUUACUGGAACUCCUCUGUCCUCACAGGGGAGCUCAUCCCACCUGACUCUGGCUUUUUAGGGAGCUGCAGGCAUUCCCACUUAUCCUGGAAAAGUUCAUCCCUCUCCAUUUGUUGCUGAAGGAGAUGAGAUGACUGUUGUGGAAAUGCUGGCUAAGUUUAGGCUGCUAAAAUUAGGUCUGACGAGUCAUUCACAUCAUUCUGACUAAUUAAUUGGGUUUUUAUGAGCUCUUCAGAUUUAAUGAAGAAAAAAUAGCAUACUGAGACUUUUUUCCUGAAAUUUACUCCAUGUAGUAAUAUUACUGUAUUAUUUUAAUGUGUCUUGCAUUUCUCUUUUGCUGGCACAUCAUCCCUUCAGGUAAAACUGAAACCUGGAGGGAUUUGGUUGUUCCAAAGAUCAUUAAUUAGCCUAUUUCACGUUCUGAUUCACCAGCAGCAUCCAUCUACAACAGCAGUAGAAAACAUCUUCUUCAAUGCUGGAUUUGAGCACUGGCAGACAUUGGGGAAAUAGUCUAAAAAAAAAAUGGGAAGGAAUGUAGGAAAAUGUAUGAGGGUCUCAGUACUUAUGUGGUGUUGGAAAAAAAAAAAAACACAACCCAUCCGGAUUGUAUAAAAUAGAAUAUAACCUACAAGACAUGGGAAAUAAUCCUUCCACACUCCUCUGGUCUUGGCUGGGUUACUUUAUUCCAUGUUGGGCAUCACAUUUUGGGAAAGACGUGGAACAAUUCGAAGAGAAUCUGGAGAUGUAGAAAACAGGUUGUUAAGGGAGCAGGGAAAUGACUUGAAGUGUUUCAGUCCUAAAGGGAGUCGGGAAACACACAGUUCUCAAACACAAAAUUGCAGUUUGAGAGAGGGACAACCUGGUGCAUGGUUGGGUAGGGCAGGAAAAUAUGGGAUUAAACUGGAGGCAAAAGGAUUGAAGUUAAUUAGGAAAUGGUGUCACAGAGGAGGUGAAGCAGUGACAGAGCUCUGGGGUGUGUCACCUCUGUGGUGGCUCUUAGGAGCCUGAUGGAGAAAACACUGCCAGGACUGAGGCAGGAUGGAAGCAGGAGGAUGCAUCCAGAGCUGAUCAGUGAGUUGGGAGCUGUGGGGAAACAUCAGGAUCCUCCCCCUCUUCCAGAAGGUGCUCCUUGGAGCUUCCAAAAGCCAGUACCUUGGGCUGAAGUUCAGCAGCUUCUUCCCAGCCACCCAGAGGCAGGAACUGGCAGUUGCUCUCCCUGUUCCCGACUUUUCCACAAAAUUCACCAGAUGAAGCAAAAUCUUAACAACAAAGAGCAAACACAAACCACUUUGCAUUGGACUCCUGACUGAUGAUUAUAAACUGCAUUGGGUUAUUUUCCCUUGGAAAGGAGCACUAUUGUUCCGGGUCAAGAUUAAUUUAUGUCAAAGGGAAUAUAAUAGGAGAUUAUUAUAUAAUUUAUUUUUCCAACCUUGCUUACCACCAUUCAUUAAGGCCUCUGGCAUCUCCUUCCCCAUUAUCAUGUAUCAUUUAGUGCAUAUUUUUUGUGAAGUUGGUUUUCAGAUGUGGGACAUAAUAUUUAUCCCCUUGUUUAUCCCUUGUUUCUUACACACUGUGCAGGAGGUCUGAACUCACUUCAGGAAAUGAGGGGUACUUUUCAGGGCGCGAGAAGUGUUUGUGUAGGAAAUAAAAAUUGCUUGUAAGCUUU